AGACGAUCAUGAGGCUUUAUUUCCCAAUUUCCAAUCAACAAAAAUGCAGGAGGAAAAGCAGAAUUUUUUAUCGUCGUACCGUCCGCCGGUCUCGCGAUAAAUAACACACCACAAACAGCCAACCCACUAAUAAAAUAAACUUAAGGUAGUCUGCACUGAACUUUGUGCGAGAUUAAUUGUAUUGUAUUGCAUUGUAUCCACUUAGCGAGUUGUUCGAAUUAGACAAGAUAAGUACAACUGAAGAUUGUUUGCGGGUCUCUUUGUUGAUCGCCGUCUAGUCAUUUCAUUAUUCUUUUUGUUUUUGAGUUUUGAAUUUGAUUUAUUCACAUCUCUCGUAGCUCUAGUCGCUUUCUUCAUCAUCAUCUUUUUUUUUCGAAAAAUGGAUACCCCACCCCGUCAUUCGGAAGGACGUCUUGUCGGUGGCCGUCGCCGCAAGGUGCGUCUCGGACGCAAGAGUGACACUGCUAUUCCCGGUACUGCUUUGUUGUGCUGGUUAUGGAUGUUGAAAUGAACAAAUUGUAAAUUCGCCUAGUAGAUGAAACUACUUACGCGUCUCGUCCGGUGGUCGAAAAUUUUAUAAUUUUUCUAGUGACCACGACAGUCUUUUUGCUUCAGUCAACACAGACACGAAGAUUUCGAAUAUCGUAUUUUUGAUGCCCAUUUUAUUUUCCUCCGCGAAGGUUCUACCGAAAGCGUCCCCCAAUCCGGAGGAGAGAAGAACAAGAAUGCUCUCCGUUCGAAGAUUGAAAAGGAGAUGCAGAAUUCCCAUAAUGAUGGGCAUAAAGUUAAGGAGCGCUUCCAUAUUCAUAAGUGAAGUAGAAUCUUGAUGUAAUAAAUAAAUGUUACAUCGCGAAGUAGAUCAUGUCAAUACAUCUUCUUCACAAACAUCCUUGGCCGCUUUCCAAGUGGGGAAGUAGAAGUCAAGGAUUUCUGGUGGAAGAAUGUUGUAAUGCUGCAACGACCUCUAAUAAAGAUGAGAAAGACUUGAACUUCGCGGAGCAACAGGUGCGCCAGCGUGCUGGUGCCAAGGAAGCUCACGAGUUGCAACGUGCGGACAUGUACCGCCAAUUCCAUGCUAACAAAACCAGAGGCAACCAUAUGAACGAACGCGCUGCGUUCGUUACCUUCAACCAGCGCCACUUUCGUCAUGGGGCAGAUAAGUAAGGCGUCAGCACCAACCAGCGGAUGUUGCAUCGUGGCGUUGCAGACGCAGAUCGAUUGAGUGAAUUUGAAGAAAUCUUGAAAUGGCAAUGAUAGGAACUAGAUGAAUUGUUGUAAGAAACUACUGGCCGUAGCCGUACCAUUGAUGAAUUUCGUAGAUUUACUACUAGAAGAAUGAAUCCUUCAGAAUAUAAUCACGGCAUGAACAAAAUGAAUGCUUGUUAAUACUAGAAGAUAGAACGCUUGUCUACUUGUUGAGCAUGAUCUGAAAACACAAUGAAUUGAAAACUACGAGAAAGGUUGAUAUUAUGCUUCUAAUCCUCGAACAACAAAAGUCAAAGAUACGACAGCACUCUGAAGAAGUAAGUAGUGAAAAUUGGUAGUGAUAAGCCCUAGUAGAGGUCGUGAAUGACCUACCUCCUCAUUGGAUGAAGGACUUACAGCUGAAAAAUGUAGCUAAAAAGUAUUCGAAGAAAAAUUGUUUUUGUUUCACAUGAUUGAUUGAAGUUUAUGGCACUCGUCUGAGUGACCCGGUGAUCACCGAAAGGGUUGUAAAAAAGACGAAUCAACAUUCGGAGCUUGGUGGAUGCCUCCAAAGAAAUAGAGCAUCCUGGAUUAAUUAGUAUCCGUAGCCCAGUGUCUUAGGCACUAGGACUAUACCACUAGAUAUACUUACAUGUUGGAGCUCCGGAUUAUAGAUGGAUGAAAUUGCGUGUAAAAGAUGUAGGUUGAUGAAGAUGUUGUCGACUUGAUCGAGAUCGUUGUAACAAUGAAUAACUUGUUGAACAAGCAUUCAUACAUCUGACAUCGAUUUAUUCUUGAAAAAAAUGAAGAGAGAAUCACGACUGGAAGCUGAUGUUAUGAAAAACUGACUCCUUCAGAGAUGAAGCAGACCUCUUCAUCGAGGAAAUUCAGACUGUUGUAGUAAUAGGUUUGUUAAGGUCAUCUUUUUUCGCAGAUGAUAUUGUUUGAGUAAUUUUUAGGUCCGAAAG